GCCUUAUCUGCUACAAAAUCAGGAGACGGCCAUCCGCAGCAUUGGCAUUUGCACCCCACCGCUUGGCUGGCGCUAGCUCUAGCUCGGGCUUCCAGAGGCGCGGAAACUUUGUCGACACACUUCUAAGACGUCCGCGCCGGCGAGCGGUUUGAAAAAGCGCGCGUUGCAGCGGCCGAGGCGCAGACCAAUCGCAGCGGGGCAAUCAGCUGGCGGCACCGACACAACACGGCACUGUCACUCCGCGAAACGCCCAUCGCCUUUCCCGCCGUUUCUGAGCUUCAACCGACGGGAAUGUCUUCGUCUGUGGCACGGUGCAACGGCGAGGCGGCCCAGCCCGGCUACUCCAUGGGCCCGCACACGCUCAAGGUGCCCAUGGAGCUGUUCGCUCUGAACCGGCAGCGCCUGUGCGAGGCCCUGCGCCCCAGCGUCCCGGACGGCGCCGUGGUGCUGCUGCAGGGCGGCGACGACGUGCCCUUCUACUGCACCGACAUCAGCUACGAGUUCAGGCAGGAGUCGUUCUUCCAGUGGCUGUGCGGCGUGCAGGAGCAGGGCUGCCUGGUGGCGCUGCGGGUGCGCGACGGCCGCUGCGUCGUGUUCGUCCCCCGGCUGCCCUCCGAGUACGCCGUGUGGAUGGGCCGCCUGCGCGCGCCCGACGAGUUCAAGGCCAAGUACGCCGUGGAGCAGGUCAACUACGUGGACGAGAUCCCAGCUGUGCUGCAGAGUCUAGGGACGACAGAGCUGCUCACUUUGCAUGGAACCAACACGGACAGCGGGCUCACUUGCAAAGCUGCCUCCUUCGAUGGAAUAGACAAGUUCAAGGUUGACAAUUCAAUUCUUCACCCCGUCAUAUCGGAAUGCCGCGUCAUCAAGACGCCCCUGGAGCUGGAGGUGCUGCGCUACGUGGUGCGCGUGUCGUCCGAAGCGCACGUCCUGCUGAUGCGCUCCAUCGUGCCCGGCAUGAUGGAGUACCAGUGCGAGGCGGCCUUCAAGAACUACGUGUACCAGCACGGCGGCUGCCGCCACGUGUCCUACACGUGCAUCUGCUGCACCGGCGAGCGCGGCGCCACGCUGCACUACGGCCACGCGGGCGCGCCCAACGACUGCGGCGUCAUGGACGGCGCCAUGUGCCUGUUCGACAUGGGGGCCAACUACUAUGGCUACGCUGCCGACAUCACGUGCUCCUUCCCCGUCAACGGCAAGUUCACCGCGGACCAGCGCCUCAUCUACAACGCCGUGCUCAAGGCCAACCUGGCGGUGAUGAGCGCCGCCAAGCCCGGCGUGUCCUGGGUGGACAUGCACCGCCUCGCGAACCGAGUCAUGCUGGCCGAGCUGACCACCGGAGGGCUCCUGAAGGGCGACGUGGAUGAGAUGCUCAAGGCCGGCCUCGGCGCCGUGUUCCAGCCGCACGGCCUGGGCCACCUGCUCGGCCUGGACGUGCACGACGUGGGCGGCUACCUCGCCAAGGACCCCCCGCGGCCCACCGAGCCCGGCGUCAGCAAGCUGAGGACGGCGCGCACCCUCAAGGCGGGCAUGGUGCUCACCAUCGAGCCUGGCUGCUACUUUGUGGAGCACCUGCUCGUCGAGGCCCUCGCCGACCCCGUCCAGUCCAAGUUCCUGGUCCGCGAGGCGCUGGAGCGCUUCCGCGACUUUGGCGGUGUGCGCAUCGAGGACGACGUGCUCAUCACGGAGACCGGCUGCGAGAACCUCACCCUCGUCCCGCGCACGGUCGAGGAGAUCGAGGCCACCAUGCAGUCCAGGGACGAAGGCGCCAAGCUGCCCGCGCACAUCACCAAGGCGUCGCAUGGACUACCCAGCAACUGGCACCCCUGCUAGCCGAGGGCCGCGUGCCGCGUCGCACCGUUGUCUCUUUUGUCAAAUUUAAACAGUUUUCUAUUGUUUAAAGGAUUGGAUUGGUCCUGCUGACCUAUUUUUAUUGUAUCAAGUGAGAGAUCAGUAUGGAAUUGUUAUUUCCAAUGUAAGUCUGAUUCACAUAGUAUUUUUGUAUUGUUUUGUAUUAUUAUGCAUUGGUACUGAAAUGUCUUGUUUCCAUUGUUAGUAAAAUAUGUUGGAUGCUUAGUGUCAUACUAUUAGCCCCACAAAGUAAAGUGAGUAAUAAAGGAACACAUUCUGUUUUACUAUGAA